AUUUGGGUAAAUGUGUUUUGAGGGUCUAUUAGCAUUCAUAUCUUAAAAGCAGCAUAUAAUAUUAAUCUUAGCAUUUUACUACUGGCUUACGGUGGUUAGUGGUGGUUGGAAUAAGGUAAAAGGAUGGGAAGACAACCAUGUUGUGACAAAUUAGGAGUGAAGAAAGGGCCAUGGACUACGGAGGAAGACAAGAAACUCAUCAACUUCAUCCUCACCAACGGCCAAUGUUGCUGGCGAGCGGUCCCUAAGCUCGCUGGACUCCGCCGUUGUGGCAAGAGUUGUAGGCUCCGGUGGACCAACUACCUUCGACCGGACUUGAAGCGCGGUCUGCUUAAUGAAUAUGAAGAACAACUGGUUAUUGAUCUCCAUGCUCGCCUUGGCAAUAGGUGGUCAAAAAUAGCAGCAAAUAUGCCAGGACGCACAGACAAUGAGAUUAAAAAUCAUUGGAAUACUCAUAUCAAGAAAAAACUCCUGAAAAUGGGAAUUGAUCCGGUCACCCAUGAACCUCUUCAAAAGGAAACUGAAGUAGACUUCACAUCAUCGUCUUCAACCCCAAAACUUGUGCCACAUGAGUACUCAUCACCCUCUCCAAGUGCUACUACCAUACAAGGUUACGAGGAGAACUCAACCUCCACACUUUCUGAAAACUCCAUCAUAGGCAUUCAAGAUCAAGGAACCGAAGCUUUGUUUGAAAGGCUCAGCGAGGAUGAGAAAUUAUUAAGCUACCUCUUAGGUGAGGAUGAACCUCCACUUGUUGAUACAUCGACAUGGGAGUUACCAAAUAAUGGGCCAACCAUCAACGACUGUCCGGAUGCCUUUGCCUCGUGGGAUGAUUGUGCUACAUGGCUAUUGGAUUGUCAAGAUUUUGGUGUUCAUGAUUUUGGAUUAGACGUUUUCAAUGAUGUUGAGAUUAGCAUCAUAGACAAGGGAGAUAAGUAGUAAAUGUCAACCUUGGCUUUAAGGAGGAUACUUGUGUUGCGUGUUGGUUAAUUUAGAAACAACACAGGUUUUAUACCAAGAUUUAAAGAGAAGAAGAUGGAUGGAAAAGGGUGAAAGAAAUCCCUAUUUACUAUAUUCAUCUCACAUGUUACUAAGUACAUGUCUAGUAACUUUAUGUUAUUAAUAAUUGUUUUACACUGAAUCCUAAAUGUAAUUAUAUGGUAGAAGUGAACUUGUUUCUUCAAAUGUU